AUGAACGGAGAGUACCACCGUCUAAAUACUUUGGGAUGGAAAGAAAAUCCCAAGAAAAACGCCGGUAUUUUUUCCAUUCUUUUCUACCGGUGGGUUGGGGAGAUUGUUGCCAUCGGCAACAAGUGCCCCAUUGAAAUCGACGAUCUUUUCCCUUUACUGAGCGAGGACAAAACUGAAACUUCAGCUGAAAACCUCCAACGGACAUGGAGCAAAGAGAAGGCAAAAGGUGUCGCUGUGACAGACAGAAGAGGUUAUCGACUGUUCAGAGCUCUUAUCCAAAUGUUUCCUUGGACUUACCACCUGUCUGUUGCGAGCGCUGCUUUGUUAGCCGGCGUUUGCAAUGUCCUUCAGUGCGUGUUUUUGAGUUUGUUGUUAGCGCAGUUUGUGAAGUCUUCCUCCUCUGGUCGCUGGCUGAUGUACGUCUAUGCUGCUGGCAUUUGUCUUAGUUCACUGGUGCGCGCCAUUGCUACUCCCCAAUGGAUAUUUCAUGCUUAUUUAAUAGCUCUUAGGUGGAAAUCAGGAACUCUAGCGGUCAUCUAUAAAAAGGUGAGAAAACACAUGCGACAAGUUGUCUAAGCUCUAAUCGACAAACAAACACACAUGUUAUCUGGUCAAUUACCAAUUCAAGUCUCAUAUUAAAUGAGUAGCAACAUUCCACCUUGGAAUGCGCUCUAACAAUUAAGUCUGGAAUAUCCGGUCUCUUAUGCUAAGCCAGUCUGAGCGUAUUUCGAGAUAGAUCCCGCCAACGAGUCCCUACUUACUACCCCAGCGCGUGAGAAAUGUGAGAGUGCAGGGGCACCCAACGACAAUUUUCGGAAGAAUAUCUGUUCGGAAGACGAUUUGAGAACUAAAAUUUUCGAAACAUUUGUUGGAAAAUUUCUUCCUUGCCUGCCUCUCCUAGGAUUUUCGAACAUCUAAAAAAUUGUAUAAUUGCAAAUUUUUAACGGCUUUUUACCCUAAAAAGGACACCUAGAAUUUUCGGGAGCCUCUUUUCUGGCUGAAAUUUUCGGAAAGGUCAGUUUUGAUCCCUAUAAUUUUCGGAUCACUAGACUUUCAGCUAGGAAAUCCGAACAGAUGAAAAAUUUUUAGGGGAUAAAAAUAUGCCUAUAUCUACCGUUUAAAUACUAAAAUACGUUUAACAAUGAUAUGUUUAAGUGGUUUUGAACUAUAUUCUCGUUGGGUGCCCCUGAGAGUGAGAAAUGUUAACUUUCAAAAUUUUUUAAAGAGCUGAAGUUGAAAUAAUUAGCUUGUAUUCGUGCAUGCUUCAUCGGUAAUUAUUACAAUUAUUACAUAUCUUUUUAAUUCAUUAUAUCUCUGAAACGUAGGUCUUGAGUUUGAAUCAGGAGGAUUUAUUAAAUGUAACAAGUGGCUGGAUCAUUAACCUUGUCGCUGGUGACCUUCAACGUUUUGAACUUUCCGCAUUGAGCAUAUUUCUCCUACCUCAAGCUGUAUUAGAAGUGUGUAGUAUCUCUUGUCUAAUGGUGUACUUCUUUGGGUGGAAAUCUCUGUCAGGGGUUGCUUUUAUGGUCAGUCUUUCGUUAUAUUACGGAAUAGCUGGACAAGUCAGCUUAAGACUACGAACGAAAAUUUCUCGUGUGGCGGAUCAACGCGUGGAUGUGAUGAAUUCCAUCAUUUCUGGAAUUCGUGCCGUCAAGAUGUAUGCUUGGGAGGGAUCGUUCAUGGAAAAAGUCAAACGGCUUCGAAGGUAUAUUACA